GCACCGGAUAUGCUGAGGGUGUGUAUGGGGACAUGGAUGAAAGUGCAGAGGGGCCUGGCAGGCAAGGAGUGGGCUCUCAGGACGCCGAAAUCCUCCCCAGGGCUGACCAUUGGCCCCUCCCCGGCCCUGCUAGCUGGUUCCCACCUACCCUGCUUCAUGGCAGCUGAGGAGAUGCACUGGCCGGUCCCCAUGAAGGCCAUUGGUGCCCAGAACCUGCUCACUAUGCCUGGGGGUGUGGUCAAGGCUGGCUACCUGCACAAGAAGGGCGGCACCCAGCUGCAGAUGCUCAAAUGGCCCCUGCGCUUCGUCAUCAUCCACAAACGAUGCAUCUACUACUUCAAGAGCAGCACAUCUGCCUCCCCACAGGGCGCCUUCUCGCUGAGUGGCUACAACCGGGUGAUGCGGGCUGCCGAGGAGACAACGUCCAACAACGUCUUCCCCUUCAAGAUCGUCCACAUCAGCAAGAAGCACCGCACGUGGUUCUUCUCAGCCUCCUCUGAGGACGAGCGCAAGAGCUGGAUGGUCUUGCUGCGCAAAGAGAUCGGCCACCUCCAUGAGAAGAAGGAGCUGUCUCUGGAUGCCAGUGACUCCAGCUCGGACACGGACAGCUUCUAUGGUGCAGUCGAGCGGCCAGUGGACAUCAGCCUGUCUCCAUAUCCCAUAAUCAACGAAGACUAUGACGACGAAGACGACUCGUACCUGGAGCCUGACUCCCCCGAGCCUGGGAAGCCUGAGGACACCCUGAUCCACCCGCCGGCCUAUCCUCCGCCUCCUGUGCCAACACCCAGGAAGCCAGCUUUGUCCGAUGUACUCCGUGCCCACUCCUUCACCUCCAAGGGCCCAGGCCCUCUGCUUCCACCCCCGCCCCCUAAACGCAGCCUGCCCACCGAUGCUGGCCUGACUCCCGAGGACUCCAAGAGGGACCUGCUGGGCCUGAGGUGGGCUGAGCCCGGCCCCAGAGCACCUGCCACCUCCCGGAGGAUGAGCGACCCCCCGCUGAGCAGCCUGCCCACCUUGCCUAACCUCCGGAAACCCUCUUGCUUUCAUGAGAGCACCAGCCCCAGCCCAGAGCCCCGGAUCCCCGGCCAUGGGUCCAGCUCUGCCUCCAGCUCUGCCAACAUGGCCACUGCCACCUCCAGGAACUGUGAUAAACUCAAGUCCUUCCACCUGUCCCCCCGGGGGCUGCCCACGCCUGCGCCCCCACCUGUACCAGCCAACAAGCCCAAGUUACUGAAGAUGGGUGAAGAGGCCUCUCCAAGGGACAUGGCCAGGCCUGCACUCUUUGUGCCCACUGUGGCCCCCAGGCCUCCUGCCUUGAAGCUGCCUAUGCCGGAGGCCAUAGCCCGACCUGCGGUCCUGCCCAGGCCAGAGAAGCCGCCCCUCCCCCACCUCCAGCGAUCGCCCCCUGAUGGCCAGAGUUUCAGGAGCUUCUCCUUUGAAAAGCCCCAUCUCCCCUCGCAGGCUGACAGUGGGCAGGCGGAUUCUGACGAGGACUACGAGAAGGUGCCACUGCCCAGCUCGGUCUUUAUCAACACCACGGAAUCCUAUGAAGUGGAGAGGCUGUUCAAAGCCACAACCCCACGGGGAGAGCCCCAGGAUGGACUUUACUGCAUCCGGAACUCCUCCACGAAGUCUGGGAAGGUUUUGGUCGUGUGGGACGAAACCUCCAACAAAGUAAGGAACUACCGCAUCUUUGAGAAGGACUCUAAAUUCUACCUGGAGGGCGAGGUCCUGUUUGUGAGUGUGGGCAGCCUGGUGGAAUACUACCACACCCACGCACUGCCCGGCCACCAGAGCCUGCUGCUGCAGCACCCCUACGGCUACGCCGGGCCCAGGUGACACCGGCACCUCAUGCUACUGGGCAGAGGCGACUACGGGGCCAGCACGCCAGGCUGCACAGAUGAGACUGGCAUUCAUGGGAGGCGGAGCAGGAGUACGUGCUCUGCUCUGACCUAAGACCUCCCGACACACACCUUGUGGCGUCUGCCAGGCCAGGCCCUGCACAGCAGGCUGGGUCCUUGGAGCUAGGCCAGUCCCCAGGCUCCCGAGGACUGGGGGGGCUCUCCUAUCCCACCCCACCCACCCUGUCACACUUCCCAGGAGCCUGGGAUCCUAGGACCAAGCCCCACCUGGGCUUCGUGGACAGGAAUUCUGGUUCUCCCGCCUUCUCCCUGCCCAGCACACACCCGCUCUGUACUGGGCUGGGAGCUGGGCAGGGCAUUUGGGGAUGGGGCAGGGGCUGGCCCCAGAACCCCGCCAGGAACGCUAAGGCACAGGCUCCAGGAGGGGCCUUUGCUGCACAAUAAAGCACAGAUGACUUUUGC